CAUUCCGUAAUGCUUGGACUUGCUUGAAUGAAGAAUUACAAUACAUCCAAUAUCUGCCCCUCCUCAUGCACAUGCACAGCGGGCCAUGAUGUCUCCAGUGAUUGUCGUUUUUCUUUGUGUAUCUUUAAGGAAAGAUUCGCUGUUGAGUGUGCAUAUCUUCGGGUCCAUGAAACAGUCCGUUGCGGUGUAUGAAAUAAACUUGGAAGAUAACCAAUGAGUGAUGUAGAUACAUGUAUCAAUCGGACUGUAUGUUGCAGAAAGGACGUUUCUGAUGAGUUAGAUUUGAAACUGAUGGGAUCAUUGGAAGCAAGGUGACUGUAGUUCUGCCAUCAUUGUCAUGUACAUGUAUCAGCAAACACUGACAGCCGUCAAUCUUGCUGCUUCCCCACCGACGAUUGUGCACGCAGCAGCAGGUGACUUGCAACACGAUAAGUGUUCAACAUGUCUGCACGAAGAAUUGUCAGAGCAACAAAGAAACGAAUUAUUCUGGCCUUUUUGAUUUUGAUAGCAGUCCUUUAUACUGGCUUUGUUGUGUUUGGACAGGGAUUCGUCGUCAGUAAAACAGACACUCUGUUGAAGAAGGUGUUCUCAAAGGACGCAGUCAGUAGUGGGCACGAGGUUGUGGGACCUCUAGACACAAGACAACCUGUGUUAGGGAGCAACACCUCCAGUGAUAACAAUGCUUCGCAGAGUUUCAACGCUACACUCAGCGAUGAUAGGGCAACUAUUCAGGGGAUGCCAGAAAUGAAACAAGAAGACGAGGCUGAAUUUCUUCAGCGAAUGGCCAACGUGCAGAAUGUACGCCAUGACUUGAUUCGAAGAAGAUGUGCAGACACUUACAAUAUAACCGAGCAAGUAGACUUCAGAAGGGACAGGGAAAAAAUAUUGUCUUGGAAGAAGUUUUACGAACACGCCUACGCCAAUGACGAUUUCAAGUUUAUCAUAUGCAGGGUGUUAAAAGUUGGGUCAUUCAGUUGGCGUAAGGUGAUCAGAUCCUUGUAUGAUAAAGGAUCUCCUGCGUUCAAGAAGAAGCAGAAGAUGGGUGAUUAUCCAAUACGAGAAUACGACAAUGAAACCUUCCUCGUGGAGCUGGAAAAUUACACGAAGAUUCUAUUUGUCCGAGAGCCAUUUGCUAGGCUUUUAUCCGCAUACAGGGACAAGUAUGUAGAACUGCGUCACUUCCCGUAUUACAAACCCAUUGGAUCCAAGAUCAUUCAGGCCUUCCGGCAGGGCGCCACCCGGAGACAAAUAAAUAGCGGUAAACCGACUUUUGAAGAGUUUGUCAAAUGGCUGGUUAGGGACCCAGACAAUCGUGAAGGAGAUUACCACUGGAGACCGCUGUUCGACUGGUAUCACCCUUGUGAGAUGCAUUAUGACUACAUAGGGAAAUUAGAGACUGCCACCGAAGAUGCCAGAUACAUUUUUAAGAUGCUUGGCAUUGAUAAGUUGGAAACUUAUCCUUCCACAGAAACUCAUCAUAAGUUCAGCUCCACUAAAGAUGUGCUUAAGCAAUAUUACUCCCAGAUUUCUCCAGAACUUGUACCAAAAAUUGUUUAUCGAUAUAGGGAGGAAUUUGUGUUGUUUAAUUAUUCUGUUCCUCAAACACUGAGCGAUAUUUGGUCUUAACAAUACCAAAGCUGGAUUGAGAUCGUGCAAUGGAGCAGAGCACAGGAGAUGAAAAACACAGAAACGUAAAGUCCAAAUAUUAUCGAGGCUUGAGAAAGUUGAGGCGACUGAAAAGAGCUUCGAGUAGCGUGUCCAUGGUAAGAUGACCCUGGCUAUCAACGUUGGCCCCCUUUAACUAGAACUCUAUUAAACAGAGUUCACGGAACAGACAUUCUUCAAAAGGCAUGAUAGCAACCAAUGUAAUUUCAAAACCGCUGAGACCGUUGCUUGGUCCUGUGGGAUGAUUCAGAUGCAGUAUAGCAUUUUCUUUUCGAUAAUUUCGUUAUUGUCAAUGCCAUGUAAAGCCGUCCUCGCAACAAAGUAGUUAGUUGCACUGUGAGUACCACUUACGCUUGACAAAAAAGCGCACACGCGCAGACAUUUUGUACAAAAACUCCCUUCUUUGUAACAUCUUGGAUUUAUUCAAAGACACAAACCUUUGUCAUAUGCAGGUGUUUUGAGUUGUUAGACCUUUCGUAUAUAGUUUUGCUCUUUGUUUCUGGUGACAAGUAGUAAAACAAAUGUUGGGUUUUUAGUGCUGCUUGGUUUGGUAACAGAGAUGAGUUGUCUUUUAAAUACUUUCAUGUAUAUCUAUGUUACUUUUUUUCCUACUCUACUUUUAUCAUUAAAUGAGAGAUGGUCUUUCAAACAGACU